AUGUCCGAUGCGUACCGCGAGGAUCUCUCCCAGGUGGUCUCUGAGGAAGAAGCAUUGGCUCGCGCGCGACGUGCCCCCGAAGAGGCGCUCCCACUGUGUAUCGUCUUUGGUACCGGGGAUCCCGACAAUCCCCGCUGCUGGGCGAGAUGGCGGAAAUGGUACAUCACUUACGUGGUCAGCAUGUUGAAUGUAGUGACCUGUCUAUGCGCAGGAAGCAUUUCGUCGGGUGCCACUCAGAUCGCCGAGGAAUUUGGCGUAUCUAGUGAAGUCACGACGCUGUGCUUGUCCAUGUACGUCCUCGGGUUUGCCAUCGGACCGGUUCUUCUCGCCCCCCUCUCGGAGUAUUUCGGUAGACAGCCGGUAUACAUCAUCUCGUGGUUCAUUCUCUUCAUUUUCCAACUGCCCAUUGCCCUCGCGCCGAACAUCGGGACCAUCAUCGUCUGUCGAUUGAUCGGUGGGUUCGCUGGAGGAGCGCCCUUGACCAACACUGGCGGAACCAUUUCAGACGUCUGGGCGCGGAAUGAAAGCGGAGGGGCGAUGGCUGUGUAUGGGCUGAGUAGCACCUUUGGACCGCCUAUGGCGCUGGUCAUCAGCGGGUAUAUUGGUCUGAAUCUCGGUUGGCGGUGGAUUUUCUGGGUUCUGAUGGCCAUCACGGGGGGCUUUUGGAUCCUCAUCAUUGUGACAAUCCCCGAAACACGCCACUCGAUCAUCCUGCAACGCAAGGUGAAACGAGUCCGAAAGCAAAUGCAGUCAGAAGGCCUAAAGUCGGCCGAAUCCGCCCACGACGUGAACGCCGGAAGCCGCAAGGGCUUGCAUCAAUUAUUUGCCAUUACCCUCACGCGUCCCAUCCGGUUUCUCUUCACCGAGCCGAUUACCCUGUUCUCGGCGAUCUACAACGGUUUCGUGUACGGCCUGGUGUACCUGUUCAAUGAAGCCUUUCCGCUUGUUUUUGGUCCUGGAAAGGGCCACGGCUUCAAUGUCGGCCAGCAAGGGCUGACGUUCCUGGGGUUGGCCAUCGGCCCGGUGAUUGCGUUCUGUUUCUAUCCGCUCCAGGAGCGUUACUAUCUGCGUAGGGUCGCGGAGAACGGCGGAAAGGGGGUUCCAGAAGCCCGCAUGUGGAUGGCGCGCGGCGGCGCGAUGUUGCUUCCCAUCUCGCUGUUCUGGUUCGCCUGGACGAGCUAUCGCUCUGUGCAUUGGAUUGUGCCCAUCAUUGCGUCGGCAUUCUUCGGCGCGGGCAUCUAUAUCGUCAUCCUGAGCAUCCUCAACUAUGUGGUCGACAGCUAUCAAACAUACUCUGCGUCUGCGCUGGCCGGAGUCAUUCUCUGCCGCAAUCUUGUUGGCGCAGGGUUUCCUCUGUUCGCCACACAGAUGUAUGAGCGACUGGGAUAUGAGUGGGCGUCGAGUUUGCUCGGUUUCAUCGCGAUUCUGUUGGUUCCCAUUCCGUUUGUCUUUUUCUAUAUGGGACGAGGAAUCCGCCUGCGCAGUCCGUGGGCUCGGGAGCAUUUCGACCAGAGUGAGGAUGAUCCUCACUAA